UUAUUUUCUGCGGAUGUGUAAUUUGUCUCUACGAGCUUCUGGGGAAAGGGGGUUUUGGUUUUCCGUCGGAGGGUUUAGAGUUCAAAAGGAGAAGACGCAAUUUUUCGAAAUUCAAAUCGAAUCAAAUUGUUUUGUUUCAAUCUUGGAUUUGCGAUGAUGAAUUUACUGAGAAGAGCUGUAUUAUCAUCUUCUAAACGGAGCGAGCUUAUUCGUAUCGUCGCUAUUGCUACCGCUACUUCAGGAAUUGUGUAUGCUAAUUGUAAUCCAGAUGCAAGAACGCGUAUAUCGCUUGCUAUUCCUCAAUCUGUUCGGGAAUCUCUUUCGUUCCCUUGGCAGAUUUCACAUGGUUUGGUUCAUCGUCCUCAUCAAAGCUUGUUCGGAAAUCUCGCGUUUUGGUCCAGAGUUAGUCCAAAAUCAGAAGCACCUGUAAAUGAUGAGAAGGGGAGUUCGAAACCAAGUAAUGGAUACUUGGGGAGAGAUACUAUAGCUAAUGCGGCUGCCACAAUAGGACCAGCGGUUGUCAAUCUAUCGGUUCCUCGGGGUUUCCAUGGGAUAUCUGUGGGAAAAAGUAUCGGUUCCGGAACGAUCAUUGAUGCUGAUGGCACGAUAUUGACUUGCGCUCAUGUUGUAGUCGAUUUUCAGAACAUUCGUCAAUCAUCUAAAGGAAGGGUUGAUGUGACGUUGCAAGAUGGUAGGAUGUUCGAGGGUGUGGUGGUGAACGCUGAUUUACAAUCCGACAUUGCUUUAGUGAAGAUUAAGUCAAAGACGCCAUUGCCAACUGCUAAACUUGGUUUUUCGAGUAAGCUUCGUCCUGGGGACUGGGUAAUAGCUGUGGGUUGUCCUCUUUCUCUCCAGAACACAGUAACUGCUGGUAUUGUCAGUUGUGUUGAUCGUAAAAGCAGUGAUUUGGGUUUAGGAGGCACACGUAGAGAAUAUCUCCAAACAGACUGCGCGAUCAAUGCUGGAAACUCUGGUGGGCCUCUUGUAAAUUUGGAGGGGGAAGUGAUCGGUGUUAAUAUCAUGAAAGUUUUAGCUGCAGAUGGUCUUGGAUUUUCCGUGCCAAUUGACUCGGUAUCCAAAAUCAUCGAGCAUUUCAAGAAGAAUGGUAGAGUUGUUCGGCCAUGGAUUGGGUUAAAAAUGAUCGAACUCAAUAAAAUGAUCAUUGCUCAGCUAAAAGAACGAGACCCAAUGUUUCCAGAUGUUGAAAGAGGCAUUCUUGUUCCUACAGUGAUUCCUGGGUCACCGGCUGAUCGAGCUGGAUUCAAACCAGGUGAUGUUGUUGUGAGAUUUGACGGGAAACCGGUCGAGACCAUCAAAGAGAUAAUGGAGAUAAUAGACGACAGAAUCGGAAAGCGGAUGCAAGUAGUUGUGGAAAGAUCAAAUAAAGAAAGGACCACACUAGAAGUCAUUCCUGAGGAGGCUAAUCCAGACAUGUGAGCCGAGGACUCUCAGGUUUUGAAAUGGAACUUUACCAUAUCCAACCAAAAUGUGUACUGAAUUCGUGAUAGGAUGUAGCUGCAUUUGAUAUUCGCUUACUUUGGUAUCCUUUUUUGGUCUCAUGGUUCCUUUCUUGACCUUCUUUAUAAUGGAUCUAAGUGGAGACAUAACCACCAAAUUAUUAAACUUUGGCCUAAAGAACCAUGCUAAUGGUAUCUAAUCUAUACUUGUACCACCAAAUCGAGCCUUGUCCAGUUGGUUGUGUACUGGUCUAAGCCCUCAAAGCUUGAUGAGGCCAAGUGUUCGAUUCGAGCUUGGUACCAAAAGUGUCCCUCUCUCUCUCUCUUUCUCCCCCACAAUAUCAUGACGUCGUUGUGACAUUGCUGUAUAAAUGCGAGGUAAUAAAAAUUACCUCUUUUU